GCGCAGAUUGUCCCACUGGGCUUGCCGUCUGCGGGUUGAUUUGAGAGUGCGUGUUGUUUUGUUUUGAGGUUUGUUUAGUAAUAGCGAUUAAAAAAACCUAAAUAACCCGAUUUUAUUCCGUCCUUAAGUAGAUAUGCAGUAAAAGUCUGAAAAAUGGCAAACGACAGGCUGCGAGCUCUUGAGGACGUGGAGAAGGAGAUCGCCGUCGUUCUUCAGUGUGCAGGAACCAUCAUCCUGGAGCUGUCAAAAGAGAAGCACAACGCAAGCUUGUUAGACCGGCAGCUCAACCAGUUCCAGACCUCUAUAAACAGAGUGGAGAGUGAGCUCAGCUCCCAGAUCCGCUAUCUUACACAGGUGGCAACAGGACAACCUCACGAAGGCUCAACGUACUCGGCGAGGAAGGACUGCCAGAUGGCCCUGAACCGUGCAGAAUAUGCCCGCGUCAAACUGGGAGAACUGGGACGCACCUGCGAGUUAAUGCUUGAUCCACAGACAUGAUGUACUGCUACUGUUUAACAUAAAACUUUGAUAGUAUUUCAUGAACCACAUUUCAUCAGGGUACAAAACAGUCCCUUGAGAAACAAGACCUCAUCAAAAGACAUUCUCAUGUAACUGAAGUCCAAAGAAAUUCCAGUAGGAAUAUCUCUGACCUCUUAAAGGUUGGCUACAAGAGAAAUAGACUGUUAGAUAAGAAACAAACUACUACUGUUGUACAAAACCCAACUGAGGUUUAGCUCUUUCUGGUUGAAGGUUUUUUUU